AUGUAUGUCUAUGAACUCCUACACAUCCACGAUUCUAAAGGCACAGUCGCCAACUAUGAUCUUGAUAAAGACCUCGACGAGGAACAUAGCACAUUAGCGGAAGGCUCUGCCUUUUUGGUGACAAUAAUCAAUGCGAUGCUCAGAACCCAGUACUUCCCUGCGAGGUGGAUGACUACUGAGGACAUCAUGGUUCCAAGGUGGGAUCGAUAUUCCCUCAAGAUUACCGCAUUUGUCUGUUCAUCUCCUUCUAAGCUCGCCGAAAAGGUUAUUUAUCGUCACCUUGAGAAUUUUUCUUCAGCUCACCAUAUGAUUCCUGUCGUUCAAUUCAGCUUUCGGUCCGAGCAUAGCACCGGGCUACAGGCAUUCAGGCUGGUGGAACAUGUAACCAGAGAGUUCACCCUCAGCAUGAGUUCUGGCAUCCUGCUUUUGGAUGUCUCAUAA